UUAUUUUGGUCUGGCGGUGUGACGUCAUCAGCGUGCGCCGCGCUCCCGCGUCUGUUGUGAUCGGAUGAAGAGAGGUCAUCCACGUGCCACACUAUUAUCAGAAAUGGCGUUUAUUAAAGAGGAGAGUGAUGGAAUGAAGAUUGAAGAGGCAUUCAAAGUGAAACAAGAAUAUACUGAGGAACAAACAAAGAUGGUGUUUAUUAAAGAGGAGAGAGAAGAAAUGAAGAUUGAAGAAACAUUCAGAGUCAAACAUGAAGAUACUGAGGAACAAACAGAUCUGAUGUCUUUGAAAGAGGAGAGUCAAGAACUGAAUGAUGUAGAACCGAAAGAUCAAUAUGAAAAACAUAAUUUCAUGACUGGAGAAAAAUUCAUACAGACUGGAACGUCUUCCUCCAGAAAAAAGAGGCACCGUUAUUUCACUUGCCAUCGAUGUGGACAGUGUUUCAAUCAUAAACGUAAACUUAAAGCCCACAUGAGAGUUCACCCUGGAGAGAAGCCUUACACAUGCAAUCAGUGUGGAAAGAGCUUCACGUCAGAACUAAACCUUAGGAAUCACAUGAGAAUUCACACUGAAUAGAAGCCUUACACAUGCAAUCAGUGUGGAAAGAGCUUCACGGCAGAACUAAACCUUAGGAAUCACAUGAGGAUUCACACUGAAGAGAAGCCUUACACAUGCAAUCAGUGUGGAAAGAGCUUCAGAUCAGAAAUAAACCUUAUGAAUCACAUGAGAGUUCACCCUGGAGAGAAGCCUUACACAUGCAAUCAGUGUGGAAAGAGCUUCAGAUCAGAAAUAAACCUUAUGAAUCACAUGAGAGUUCACCCUGGAGAGAAGCCUUACACCUGCUCUCAGUGUGGAAAGAGCUUCAGAUCAGAAAUAAACCUUAUGAAUCACAUGAGAGUUCACCCUGGAGAGAAGCCUUACACCUGCUCUCAGUGUGGAAAGAGCUUCACAUCAGAACUAAACCUUAAGAAUCACAUGAAGAUUCACACUGAAGAGAAGCCUUACACCUGCUCUCAGUGUGGAAAGAGCUUCAAAUCAGAACUACACCUUGGGGAUCACAUGAGAAUUCACACUGGAGAGAAGCCUUACACAUGCAAUCAGUGUGGAAAGAGCUUCACAUCAGAAGUAAGCCUUAGAAAUCACAUGAGGAUUCACACUGGAGAUAAGCCGUACACUUGUUAUCAGUGUGGAAAGAGCUUCACAUCGAAACUAAACCUUAGGAAUCACAUGAGGAUUCACACUGGAGAGAAGCCUUACACAUGCAAUCAGUGUGAAAAGAGCUUCAAAUCAAAACUAAACCUUAGGAAUCACAUGAGGAUUCACACUGGAGAGAAGCCUUACACAUGCAAUCAGUGUGAAAAGAGCUUCAAAUCAAAACUAAACCUUAGGAAUCACAUGAGGAUUCACACUGGAGAGAAGCCUUACACAUGCAAUCAGUGUGAAAAGAGCUUCAAAUCAAAACUAAACCUUAGGAAUCACAUGAGGAUUCACACUGGAGAGAAGCCUUACACAUGCAAUCAGUGUGAAAAGAGCUUCAAAUCAAAACUAAACCUUAGGAAUCACAUGAGGAUUCACACUGAAAAUAAGCCUUACAUCUGCAAUCAGUGUAGAAAGAGUUUCAAAUCAGAAAUAAACCUUAGGAAUCACAUGAGAGUUCACCCUGGAGAGAAGCCUUACACCUGCUCUCAGUGUGGAAAGCGCUUCAAAUCAGAACUAAACCUUGGGAAUCACAUGAGGAUUCACACUGGAGAGAAGCCUUACACAUGCAAUCAGUGUGGAAAGAGCUUCACAUCGGAACUAAACCUUAGAAAUCACAUGAGGAUUCACACUGGAGAGAAUCCUUGCACUUGCAAUCAGUGUGGAAAGAGCUUCACAUCGGAACUAAACCUUAGGAAUCACAUGAGGAGUCACACUGGAGAAAAGCCUUACAGAUGCAAUCAGUGUGGAAAGAGCUUCACAUCGGAACUAAACCUUAGGAAUCACAUGAGGAUUCACACUGGAGAGAAGCCUUACACAUGCAAUCAAUGUGAAAAGAGCUUCAAAUCAAAACUAAACCUUAGGAAUCACAUGAGGAUUCACACUGGAGAGAAGCCUUACACAUGCAAUCAAUGUGAAAAGAGCUUCAAAUCAAAACUAAACCUUAGGAAUCACAUGAGGAUUCACACUGGAGAGAAGCCUUACACAUGCAAUCAAUGUGAAAAGAGCUUCAAAUCAAAACUAAACCUUAGGAAUCACAUGAGGAUUCACACUGGAGAGAAGCCUUACACUUGCAAUCAGUGUGGAAAGAGCUUCAGUAAGAAAAUAGUCCUUCAGUCUCACAUGAGGAAUCAUGCUGGAGAGAAGCCUUUCCUGUGUCUUCAGUGUAACAGGAGAUUCAUAUAUAAAAAAGACCUGAAACUUCAUUUGCGAACACAUUCUGGAAAGAAAUAGCCAGGUUCUGAGUGUGACAAGAGGUUUACGA